AUCGCCCUUUCUCACAUUCUGUGUUUUUUACUUUUUUUUCUUCUCCCAUUUUCUCUCUCUUAAUAUUCUCUUUCGUUCUCUCUCAUCAUAUCUGAAACCCUUGAGCUUAGCACGGCCGUCCUUUUUCUUUCAGUUUUUUCGUCAACACAGACACCAUGAUAAAGUUGUUUAAAGUAAAGCAAAAGCAGAGAGAACUUGCUGAAAGUGCUAACGGAAAGCCUUUGGGCAAGAAGCAAAGUGCCGGAGAAUUGCGUCUUCAGAAAGUAUAUGGAAUUCUGUGCUUAGCAAUAUUGAGAUCGAUGCUUUGCGAGAAAAAUAUGUUGGGUGAUUUUCUAGAAUUGGCUAACACUAUGUUGAUGUUAAGCAUAAUUGAUAUUACCGAACUGAAUCUGCCGAAAACAUGUAGCAUAUCAUUCCCUAAUGGCAAGGAUGACCUCAUGAAUUUUGAAGUUACCAUUCGCCCUGAUGAGGGAUAUUAUCUGGGUGGAACAUUUGUUUUCUCUUUCCAAAUCUCUCCAAUCUAUCCUCAUGAUGCUCCCAAGGUUAAAUGCAAGACGAAGGUCUACCAUCCCAAUAUCGACCUGGAAGGAAAUGUCUGCCUAAACAUCCUCAGGGAAGACUGGAAACCAGAACCGAACCACGAGGAUCCUCUCAAUCAUGAUGCUGCUGCAGUAUUGAGAGAUAACCCAAAAAUGUUCGAAUCGAACCUUUGCCGGAAGUUCAGAAGGCUGUACAUUGUGACCACUCGUCUUAUCUUUAGGUCUUCCUGCUUUGAAAAUCCGAGGGUUGUUUUAAUUCGCAGUAAUAUCGUGUAUCUAAAGAAGCAGAAAGCUGGGAUUUAUCUGUAUGCUGCUCUAACUUUGUGCUUUUACGCGGACUUAUUCAUUGUGCACUGGGAUUUAAGUACUUUUAACUCUUUUCUACUGGAGAAUGUGUGGUGA